CCGGAAACUAAACAGAGCGGCGGAGCAGCGCGCGGCGGAAGAAGCAUUUAAUCUGUGAAAGUAAACAACAACAUAUAAACAGCUGCAGGCUCAUGGACUCUACACCUGAAACUCUCACAUGGUUAUGGUUGGUUACAGCAUGGAGUGCACUGAUUGGACAGAUACUUCACUGAUUGCAUCGCCUCCAGGUCUCCAAUCAGCAGCAGGAUGUCAGACUCCUCUGAUGAAGCAGACGACAAUGGCAAGACAGGGUCUACCAGCAGGAUGUGGACAGAGUCUCAGGCAGGUCCAUCCAGGUGUCAGCCCAGCAGACAGGGUUACUGUGGGUACUGCAGAGUCCUGUACAGCAACCUGGACCAGCACCUGUCCAGUGUCAGACACCUGGACUCAGUCCGGGCGUCCUCCAGAGGCUCCAGCACUGUCUCCUCCGCCAGCAGUAGCCGGACCAGACUGACCCUGCUGGAACGUUUCCUGCAAGAUGUCCUGCAGCACCACCCCCACCACUACAGUGACCCCAGGCCAUCACAUGGCGACCUCCCAUCAGUCUCCGCCCCUCCGAUGCCAAGGGCGGAGCUUGAUGAACUACGAUUCUCUGACAAUGACAGUCGGUCACUUGGUACGAGAGAACACUUGCCCAGCUCUGACCAAUCAGCCAAUCAGCAGGAAGAUGAUGGUAUCCACAGCCAAUCAGGAGAGGGAGUCACAGAGGGGGACGUUCAUGAUAGGCUGUCUGCACCAGUCAGAGAACAGAAGGCCAUAGGGACCGCCCCCACAGGGCCCACACAAUCACCACAUGACCAAGUCCCACCCCUUCAACUACAAACACUGCCCCCACACUCUCAUGCUCCACCCUCUGUUCACAGAAAAGCACACAGGAAGACCAACAGGAGAAAAACCAGUGAGUCCUCAUCCUCUUCACCUCCCCCCAGGGGCCCAGACCCCAGAUCCCCCCACAAAGAUCUGAGCCCAGGUCAGGGAACCAGGACCACACUGGGGCCCUGGAUCAGCUGGCAGAAGGACAGAAGAGAGGCGUUCUCCUCAGACCACAGCGACCCUCUGGAUCAGACCAUUGAGGAGGUGAUCCAGAUGUUCUGUUAUGGCGUCACUUCCACUCCCUGCCAGCAGGAGGAGACUGAGAGCUUCCACUUCAGCCUUCCUGUCACCGUGGAAACACAGAGUGAUGACUGGGACUCACCUGUGCAGGUACCUGUCAGACAGAUGGAGGAGGUCAGUGUGUAUAAUCUGUACUAUAGCUAUAACUUUUCUCUGCAGGUGGUUUUACAGCGAGCUCAAACACUCAGUGACACACCUGUCCAGGUGGGUCAGGCAGAGGGGCAGGACCUGGGCCAUCUGAUGGAUGUUCAGGUGGACCUGGAGGACCAGGUGUACUCGUACCAGCUUGACUCUGCCCUCCGCAGUGAGCUUAAAGCAGGGAGCGGGGCCAGGCAGGACCAGGGUUUCUGGACUCUGCCCAUAGAGGAGGUCCUACCAGCUCCUGCGCAUAUCCCAGAAUCCUUCAGGGGGAAGACUUGGGCUCAGAUCGAACAGGAGGACGAGGAGAAGGUCGACAAACUGGUCCGACAGUUCAGAUGUGGGAGGUUUGUCUGUUACUUCGACAGCGAGUCUCUGGCCAGGUAUGGGAGGAGGAGCCAAAACAAAAAGGGGCAUGGUGACAACAACGAAGUAGAGCCAAAUACUAGUGUCCUGCCCUUAUUGGACUGUGAUGACGAUGACUCUGUGUAUGAGAAGAGGAGAAGGAGGCGGGGCUUCAGGGUGGCGUCCAGGUGUCAGGUGAGUCAGACAGAGUUCUCAGUUCUUGUUUCAAUUGGAAGACAAAUGUCUCACCUGUUUUUAUUUUGUCAGGUGGUUAAAGUCAGUCACAGCACUCAGACCAUUCGAUUGGUCAUCCCAGCAGUCCGUCAAGCAGCUCCUGAGACCCCGCCCACCAGCAUCCCUGCAGCCAAUCAAAAUGUAGCAGAGAGAACACCUGAGGUGCAGACUUGGCGCUUUCUUCCUCAGUCGUACUCCAACAUCAUCACACCUGUGCAGCCUCGCACUUCUUUGGUCUACCUGCUCUGCUCCCCCUCAGGCCCCGCCCCCUCCUGCACACUAGCACUAGGCUCCGCCCCCAAACGUUCCAGGAAGAAGAGGCGUCCACUGGACUUGCAGGGGCUAAAGGUCAAAUACAAACGACUUCCUGUCAGGUUUUAUGACCCCGGCACCAACCGUAUCCUGAAGAACCCCCCCAAAGGCUUCCUGAGGGGCCGAGGCCCCACCCCCUCAGGCCCGCCACCGCCCUGUGUCCGUCAGCUGUUUCGAAGUCUGAGUCCCGACCUGAACAGCGACAGAACACCAGGGGAGGGGGCCGCAGGGCCGUCCAGAAUCAAAGGUCAUACCUCAGCAGACCCCCCCUUCAGCCACGCCAGCAGCUUCCUCCUGAGCACACUCAGUAGGGACUCAGAACAGACUGAUAAACAGGACACAGUCAGGAGGAGGGUUAGGACAUCUAAAGCCCCGCCCCCGCCCCCUCCACCUCACAGCAGGUCAGAGCGGGGGAGAGGGGGGAGGAAGGAGGGGACACGCCCCCCACCCUCCAAGAGAAGAAACAGGGCUCAAGCCACGCCCCCUCAGCCCAGGAGAGAAGGCCUACGACGCUCAGGGUCCGCCGUACUGACCCCGACCCCUCCUCACUCACCCUCAACCCGCCGGGGGAGGGCCCGGAGGGGGCGGGCCUGCGAGAGAGGGAGAAGGUAGCAGGAUACUUGUCCAUGAAGCAGGUUACACCUCAUUUCACCUUCCAGCCUCAUUUAUAAAAUCAAAGAUUCAUUGGUUGUGUAUCAAUCAGAGUUUUCCAUGAUUUGUAAAAAUGGUUUGGACCAUUAAAAGUGAUUGAUGUGAUUGAUCAGUAAUAUGUAUCAGUUUAUAAAUGAGGCUGAUGAAAUCAUCUGAUCGAUCAUUUUACAUUUGUGUGAUGACACGGUGACAAGUGUCGUUUAAACUUUAAUUACUAAAUCAUUUUAAUUAAGUCUUUAAUUAUGAAAAACAUUGAUUUAAAAUGUUUGUGUCAUAAUGAUAAUUGAUUGAUAAUAAGAUAUUCCUUUCAUCAUGACAAUAGAAAAAACAUUGAUUAUGAUUUACAUCAAAUAUAAAAAAUAUCAAUAAAUCAGAUUUAGAAUUUAAUUCUUGUCAUGAAAAUAAAAAUGAAAUUGAAUUAUUUUUAAAAACAACAUCAUGUUCACACAAAUUGAAAAUCAGACUUGAUCUUAUCAAAUGAUUUUGUGUGUUUGUGACAGUGAACACACCUGGAGGUGAUGUGUCAAGUGUGGUACCACCUACCAGGUGUUGAUGUCAUGUUUUUGUCUCAUGUCUGAACUUUUUUACCUUUAUUAAAUAUCACUUAGUUCAUGUUGAAUAAACAGAUUUUAUU